AUGAGUGACUCCGACUCAAUCAUGGACGACUCCGUCUUCGCGGACGAGGGUAGCUCCGAUUUCGUCCCUGACGAAGCUCCCAAGCCCAAGGCUAAGCCUGCGGCGAAGAAGGCUGCUCCAAAGAAAACAACACAAACAAAGCUGACAGCAAAGCCAGCUGCCAAGGGGAAGAAGAAGGCCAAGGCUGAUAGUGAAGAUGAAUCCGAUCACGAUGAUCCCUUUGGCGACGACUCCAUGCUCUCACAAACACCUCCCAAGAAGGCCCAAUCGGCAGCCGCCACUAAGAAGGGCGGUGCCAAACCACUCGCAGACGUUGAAAAUGAAUCGAUUUCACUAGACGGCGAGGAACCAUCCAAGGAAGUAAAAGCGUCGGACAAGUACAAAAUGCUCUCCCACCUUGAGCAUAUUGUUAAGCGUCCGGAUACGUAUAUCGGGUCAGUUGAGCGCACAUCACAAGAAAUGUGGGUCUACAACUCGGAGGUCGAUGGAAUGGAGUUUCGCGAGGUGUCUUACGUACCCGGUUUAUAUAAAAUUUUUGACGAAAUUGUUGUGAACGCAGCCGACAAUAAGCAAAAUGAUAAGAACAUGGACGAGAUUCGUGUGACCUACAGCAAGGAGACCGGUGAAAUUAGUGUUUGGAACAACGGCAAAGGUAUCCCAGUCGAAAUUCACGAUGAGAAGGGCAUAUACAUUCCGGAGAUGAUCUUCGGUAAUCUUCUGACAUCCUCCAACUACGAUGAUGACCAGGCGAAAAUCACUGGUGGUCGCAACGGUUUCGGUGCUAAGCUUUGUAACGUCUUUUCCACUGAGUUCACAGUCGAGACUCAGGAUUCCAAACAGAAGAAACGCUACAGACAGACCUGGACGAACAACAUGCAAAAUCUGGGCAAGCCAAAGAUCACCGCUGCCAAAGGCGAGGAUUACACCAAAGUUAGCUUCAAGGCCGACUACGCCAAGUUUAGCAUGGACGGCAUUGAUGACGAUUUUGAGGCACUUCUCAAGCGACGUGUCUAUGAUUUGGCUGGUACCACACAAGUGGCCGUUAAAUUGAACGGGACCCGAAUUUCUGUCCGGAACUUCAAGAAAUACAUGGAAAUGUACACGAAAGCCAUCCGCCGUGAGCGUGGUGACGAUGACUCCAAGAGCGAUCCGAUUAUUACCUGCAAUCCCCAUCCUUUUUGGGAGGUUGGUUUCGCCGUGUCGGACGGCUCCUUUAAACAGGUAUCGUUCGUCAACUCUAUCGCUACGACAUCUGGAGGUACCCACGUGAACUUCAUUGCCGACCAGAUUUGCAACCGACUGGCCGAAUCGCUCAAGAAGAACAAGAAGGGAACAGGGUCAAUCCUGAAAACAGCUCAGAUUCGGAACUAUGUCUUCCUUUUCGUCAACUCAAAGAUUGUCAACCCGGCCUUCAACUCUCAAACAAAGGAGCAAUUGACGACAAAAUCAACUCAAUUCGGAAGCAAGCCGGUUCUUGACGACGCCUUCCUCAAGAAGGUAGCCAACUCUGGUGUUCUCGACUCUCUCAAGAAAUUCGCUGAUCACAAGGCCGACUUGAUGCUCAAAAAGUCUGACGGUGGUCGACGAACUCGCAUGAACAACCCGAAGUUGACAGAUGCGAACAAGGCAGGCACAAAGGAUGGCCAUCGUUGCACCCUGAUCUUGACAGAAGGUGAAUCUGCCAAGGGUCUAGCCAUGGCCGGUCGUGGUGUGGUCGGAGCUGAUCUUUUCGGUGUAUACCCGUUGCGUGGAAAGCUGCUCAACGUGCGCGAUGCCUCCUUUGACCAGAUUUCGAAGAAUGAAGAAAUUCAAAGCAUCAAGAACUUCAUGGGUCUGCAGCACAAGAAGGAAUACACCGAGACACGCGGACUCCGCUAUGGGCACUUGAUGAUCAUGACCGAUCAGGAUCAUGACGGUUCUCACAUCAAGGGUUUGUUGAUCAAUUUCUUACAAGCUCAAUUUCCGAGUUUGCUUAGACUCCCCGAGUUUUUGAUCGAGUUUAUCACACCAAUUGUCAAAGUCUGGAAAGGCGACAUUAAAAACCCGACCAAAUCGGUGUCAUUCUUCACUCUACAAGAAUACGAUGCCUGGAGAGAGAAGCAUGGUCAUGAGCGCGGCUGGGAACACAAAUACUACAAGGGAUUGGGUACCAGCGGUGCCGAAGAGGCUCAAGACUACUUCCGUGAUUUGGAUCGCCACUUGAAGGAGUUCCAUACUAUGCAGGACCACGAAGUUGAACUGAUUGAACUUGCAUUCUCUAAAAAGAAAAUUGAAGAGCGCAAGGAAUGGCUUCGUCAGUUCAAGCCGGGAACUUUCAUGGAUCAUUCCGUGGACAAGAUUUCGUACACCGAUUUCAUCAACAAGGAACUCAUUCAGUUCAGUAUGGCCGAUAAUGUUCGAUCAAUUCCGUCGGUUGUUGAUGGCAUGAAGCCUGGUCAGCGCAAGGUCAUGUACACGCUCCUUAAAAGAAACAUCAAGAAGGAUGUCAAGGUGCUUGAUCUUACCGGUCAAGUUUUGAGUUUGACUGCGUACCACCACGGUGAUGCAUCGAUGCAUCAAACUAUUAUCGGCUUGGCGCAAGACUUUGUGGGCUCAAACAACAUCAACUGCCUCGAGCCCAGUGGUAAUUUCGGUAGUCGUUUAAAGGGAGGGUCGGAUGCCUCUGGUGCUCGUUAUAUCCAUACGCGACUUUCUCCAUUCGCCCGACGCGUCUUCCAUGCGAAUGAUGAUCCCAUCCUGACACACUGCGAGGAUGAUGGGAAGUUGAUCGAGCCGGAGACCUACGUUCCUGUUGUCCCGAUGCUUCUCGUCAACGGUGCGGACGGCAUUGGUACCGGAUGGAGUUCUACUGUUCCCAACUACAACCCCGAGGACAUCGUGGAGAACUUGAAACGCAUGUUAAACGGCGAAGAAAUGAAGCCAAUGCAGCCGUGGUUCAAGGGCUUCAAAGGUGACGUUACCCCAUUGGGACCUGACAGAUACAAGUUCAGUGGAACUGUCAAGCAAAUUUCCGACAAGGAAGUGGAAGUUACAGAGUUGCCCGUCCGAACAUGGACCCAAGACUUUAUCAACAGACUUGAGGACAUGAUCAAGGCCGACAAGACACCCUCAAUGAUUAAGGACUAUCGAGAUUACAACACCAACUCCGACGUGCACAUGAUCCUCCAGCUGGAUGAGAAGAAUAUCAAGGCCCCUCUGACCCAGGAGGUCUUGGAGGACAAGUUCAAGCUCACUAAGACCGUGGCGACGUCUAACCUGGUUGCCUUUGACCCCGAGGGGCGAAUUACCAAGUACAACAGCGUUGAGGAUAUCAUGAAGGAGUUCUUUACUCUUCGCCUCAAGUUCUAUGAGAAGCGUAAACAAUUCCAACUUUCUCAACUUCAGACAGAGUUGGAGAAGUUGACCAACCAAGCGCGGUUUGUCCAGAUGAUCAUCGAUGGGGAGUUGAUCGUUUCAAAGAAGAAGAAGACUGUUCUCGUCGGAGAGUUGAAGGAGAAGGGCUUCAAGGCGUUCCCCAAGGUGGCAGAUGCAGCUAAGGCCGGUGAAACCGAGAAGGUUGUUGAGGAGGGGUCGGAAGACGAGACUUCCGAUGACCCGGCUGAUUCCCAGAAUCUUGCUUCCGCUUAUGACUAUCUGUUGGGAAUGGCCAUCUGGUCCUUGACCCAAGAGCGAGUAGAAAGGCUACGCCGCCAGAUCGGAGAGAAGGAAUAUGAGAUCGAUGAGUUGAUCAAGCUCUCGAAGGAGGAUAUCUGGCUCCGCGAUCUUGAUGACUUCAUCAACGAGUGGCGCUACCAGCUUUCAGAGACCGACCGCCGCCGUCGUGGGUACGAGAAAAAGGGCCGCCGCACUUCAACUAAGCUUGCCAUGGGCGGUGGCAAGGCCGCUGGCGCGAAGAAGCGCAAGGCAGUGGACGACUCAGAUGACGAUUUUGUUGUCUCCAAGUCCAAGAAGAAGCCAGCAGCGAAAAAAGCCGAACCGCAAGGUGGUCUCAUGAGCUUCUUGAACAAGAAGCCUAAACCGACAGAUAAGGGCUCUGACAGUGAGUCGGACGAUGAGUUUGAUAUGAAAGAAAUCAUACCAAAGAAGAGCAGAGGGCCGGCCAAGGUUUCUCCCCAGCUGAAGGACGAGGAUGCCGAUGUCAAUAUGGCAGAUUCGGAUAUCGAGAUUAUCCCUCAGAAGAGUCGAGCUGCGCCCAAGGCAGCACCUAAGCCGAAGGAUGAGGAUGACGAGGAUGUCAAACCCAAGGCGGCGCCUAAGAGAGGUCGCGCUGCAGCUGCAGCUGCCAAACCCACGCCCAAAGACGACGAUAGCGACGUCCUCGAUGACGAUGAUUUCAAAGAAAUCACCAAGGCUGAAGCCGCCAAGUCAGCUCCUCAAAGUCGCACGGGUCGUGGCAAAGCCGCGCCCAAGUACGCAUUGAGCGACUCCGAGAGUGACAACGGCGAUGAUUUGCUUGGUGAUGUGAGCAAAAUGGUCAAGGGAAUUGGUGGCGCGAAUGAUUCUCGUCAACUAUUUUCGGAACCGUCACGACCUGGCAGUAGCACCGGCUUGCCGACUAGCUCGAAGACCUCCAAGUUCUCCAACGAGUUCGACCCAGACGAGACUGACUACAGCAAGCUUAUCCCGCAGAACUCGCCGCGCCGCUCUAUUCAGGUUAAGCCCAAGGAGAAGGCGUCGGAUAGUGUAUUGGAGGAUGACGAUGACGAGGAGGAAGAGCCAGCCAAACCUGCCAAGGGCAAGGCGGCCCCCAAAACCAAGGCAGCUGCUGCCCCCAAGGCAACUGCGGGUAAAGGUCGUGGCCGCCCCAAGAAGGACGCAGCUGCACCCUCCACUACCAAAGCUCCUACAAAGCAGACAACGCUCUCGCCAGCCGCCAAGGCGUAUGCCUCUAAGCAGGCAAAGGCCGCGCCCAAGAAGAAGACAAUCAUGGAUGAUUCGGAGGACGAUAUUGAUGCAAUGGCCAACGACAUCCUUGAUUCGCCAGCUGGUGUGAAAGACGAAGCGCCUGCGCGUAGCAACGCGCGCACUGCUGCAAGCACCUCCAGCCGACCGUCGAGACGGACGGCAACUGCCAAGAAGAGCUACGUGGUUGAGGAUGACGACAGCGACGAUGGACCAGAUGGCCAGGAUGAUUCAUUUGAUAUGUCCGAAUAA